CAAAUAGAAAACAGUUGAGAACAUGAAUUCACUGUCAGCUUUGAAUGCUGGUGAGGACUGCAUCUGUUUCUGGCAAACAUGAAGUCAGACUUGUGGUAUUUCCUUCUCUUCUGCUUCCAAGUUGAAGUCCUAACAGGAGAAAUCAAGGAUUCUGCCAAGUCUGAGAUGUUUACGUUUCGCGAUGGAGGUGUACAAAUUCUUUGCAAAUUCAGUGAUACUGUCUGGCAAUUUAAAAUGGAGUUGCGGAAAGGGACGGAAGUGCUCUGUGAUCUCACUAAGACAAAGGAAAGUGGAAACACAGUGCCCACUAAGCAUCCAAAAUUUUGUCAGUCUGAGUUAUCGGAUGAUGGUGUCUCCUUUUUUCUGAAUAACUUGGACAGUUCUCAUGCCAGUUACUAUACCUGCCAACUGUCAAUUUUUGAUCCUCCUCCUUUUCAGGAAAAGAACAUUAGCAGAGAAUAUUUGAAUGUUUAUGAAUCACAGACUUGCUGCCAGCUGAAGUUCUGGUUACCCAUAGGAUGUGCAGCUUUUGUUGGAGUCUAUAUUUUUGGAUGCGUAUUUCUUUGUUGGCUUACAAAAAAGAAAUAUCGAUCCAGUGUGCAUGACCCUAACAGUGAAUACAUGUUCAUGGCAGCAGUGAACACAGCCAAAAAACCUGGAUUCACAGGUACGACUCAUAACUUGGAACUCUGUGGCACCCAGGCAUGAACCAUGCUGGUCAGCUCCCCCGUGACGUGAAGUGCAAGAUUCCCACAUUCCCUGGACCACGGAGAGGAACACUUGAUUGGAGUACAUACAUCUUCUGCUGGCGUUUUGUUCAACCUGGAUCAGUGACUCUAUCAGUCAAAAGGGAUUUUAACAGGCUGCUUCAGUACUGUUGGGUUACCAAAACACCUUCUUGCAACUAGUUUUACAGAAAGCCCAGAUCACGUGUGCGCAGCAAACAGACUUCACUGGGACGGAAUUCCUAUCCUCAUACCUGCUUCUAGCAAUGCACCAGCAAGUAAAACAAACACAUCUACCAAUAUUUUUAAGAGAGGCUGAGAGUACUAAGUCUGCAAAGCAAAUGGGCAGCCGAGGGCCAGUAUCUGUUUGCAUUUCACUAGCAGACUACCUCUUCUUCCUGUAGGAAUGAGCAUUCCUUCCUAAUGAGAUACUGGAGGAAGAUCCUUCAAAAUUAGUUAGUUUAUUUCUGAGGUGUUGACAUACAACCAUACUUUUAAAAUAUAUUAGUGCACAGUACUCUUUUCAAACUUCUGAACCCCAGUCUCCCUCUCCAAGGUUUAGAUGCCUCGUCUGCCUUCAAUUUUCCUUUUUAAAAUACUUCUAUGCAACCACUUGACAGACAUUCUGAGUAAGGAUCUAGGUCUACAUUUCCCCCCUCUACUUCUCAAUAAAACACAUAUAAUA